AUGGCGGACGUCUAUAUUGGCGAUGAUGCUCUUCGCAACAUCCUUACUCAACUUCCAGGAAAGCCUUUACUACGAUUCAGAUGCGUAUCUAAGCAUUGGAAUAGUCUAAUUUCAGAUCCUUAUUUUUUGAAGUCAAGAUCACGUCGAAUGAUCCUUUUGUCUCACACACGGCCUCUUGUUGUUAUCGAUGACAACGUCCCAGCGGAAGACGAGGGUCAUUCCAUGGUGAGAAUCCCUUCUCCUUUACUACAUGAGAAAGGUACACACGUCAUGAUUGUUGGAACAUUAAACGGCAUUGUGGUUUUGGCUCUUCAUGAUACAUCCUUACGUUCUCAUUUGAUCCUAUACAAUCCCUUAACCUAUGCAUCAAAGAUACUUGUGGCUAUGGAUCCACCUAGUUCUGGUUAUCCCUAUGUGUUUGGAUUUAACACAGGUGAUUUAAAGAUUGUUAGAAUUAAAUUUGUUAACCAUUAUAAACAUGACAAACUAUAUGAGUUUGAUGCCUUUGAUCUUAAAACUAGUUCCUUGAGCAAGCCAAAGGAAUUCCUCCAAGAUUUUCACCUAGCGGGUGAUGCGGGUAUAUUUCUAUGCGGGUGGUUGUAUUGGUCAGCUUUGUUUGACGACGGCGGGAUCUUGGCACUAGAUGUUAAGGAGAUGUUUUUCUCGAAAGUAAUACUACCCGUUUCACAUCACGAAUACGUAGGGUUGGUUUUGGGAUCCCUCGACGGAUGCCUUAGCAUAAGUUACACCGAAAGUGAUAGCCUAAACACAUUUCAUGUGUGGAUGUUGAAUGAAGAGUACUCAUGGUUAAAAGCACAUUCAUUCACCUUUGGUCCGGAAGAUAUACCUAACGAGUUUUACCCUCUUUAUAUUUGA